ACAAAAUAUAUUUUCAACAAUGUUUGGUUUCUAAAUAUUUUUGUGGAUUUCUUUUUUUUUAUUAAUUAUUAGCCCUAAGCGUUUGGGUAUUCGGAUCGGGUAUUUCGGGUUCGGUUUUUUGGGUUUAGAAGUUUAGGACCCGUUGAGGUAAUUUAUGAUUUUAGGUCGGGUUCGGGUUCGAGUUUAUUUAUAUAUUGAAAUAUCAAAUUUUGUGUGCAAAUCUAUUAAAUUACUUGAAAAUUUCAAAAAUUCCCAAAACAACACGAGUAGUUUUGUUUGAAUAUAUCUAAAAAUACACAAAAUAACUAAAAUAUCCAAAACAUCCUAAUAUUUUCUAUAUAUAAGUAUAAAGUGGUAGAGCGGUCGGCUGUUAACUGAUUGGUCGUAGUCUUUACCGAUUAACCAAUUUCUAAACGCUGGAGAGUAUGUUACCGAUUAAAAUAUACUUAUAUUUGAGAUAUGUUUGGAUACCUAUUCGGGUUCGGGUUCGAGAUUUUUCGGGUUUUAAAGUUUAGACCCGUUCGAGUAUUUGAAAAUUUCGAGUACACCUGCCUAAAUAGACGGGCCUUAUCUAGUAUAAUAUGAUACACUUCUAUAUAGUAUAGUCCAAUUGUUUUGUAUACAGCAAAACACUAAAAUGGUUUUUUCCAUUGUCCCACAUGCUAGUUUCUUUAUUAUUACACUUAUCGUGCUAUAUUUUAAUUCAUUUUUCAAAUAUAGCUAUUCUUGCAAAUCACCCUAAAUUCUAUCAACUUCAUGUGAACACAUAAAAAUACUUUCAAAAAUUCUCGAUAGAGAUAUUUGCAACCCUUUUCUUUCCAGUCUCCAUUAACUUUAUGGUAAUAUUAGAAUGACCAAUUGGAUAGUCUUCUUCUUCUUCUUUGGAGUUUCUAUUUUAAAAUAGUUUUAAAAAGUCUUGUCGCGUGCUUGUUGCUUUAGGAAGCUGAUGAUGUUGUCAGUGUCACUGCGAAUUGCUAGGAAAUUUUCAAGUGGGGUCCUCCACUACUACUUGCUCCUCGUUGCUUAUUUAGUCUUCUCUCUAUCUCUCUCUCGAGCUCCAUUGACUUGACUUGGUGGUAUCCAAUGGCCAUCACCGAUUUUUUCGCCGGUGAAAUUGCGACGGAGCUCCUGAAGCAGCUCUUUACGAUAUCUACAACGGCGUGGAGAUACAAAAACACCGCCAAACAACUCCUCACCUUGAUCGAUAGCAUUCGACCGACGAUCAAGGAGAUUCAAUACAGCGGCGUGGAGCUUCCUGCUCACCGCCAAGCUCAAAUCGGUAUGCUCUUCGAUACUUUAGAGAAAGGCAAGAAGCUCACUGACAAAGUCCUUAGCUCUAAGCGAUGGAAUUUAUAUCGACAGCUAACCCUAGCCAGAAAAAUGGAGAAGCUAGAGAAGACCAUCUCUAAUUUCCUUAAAAAUGAGGUCUUUACACAUAUCCUCGCUGACGUUCAUCAUCUCCGGGCCGAUACCAGUGUGCGUUUGGAUCGGGUUGACAUGAGCCUCGACAGGGUGAUUCAGCAAGUGGGUUCCAUGAAAAUUGGGGGAGGUGGCUUGAUAUCAGAGGCCAUGAAGAGAGCCGAGGCUAUGGAGAUUGAGACCAACGACGAUUCGGAGAAAUUUGGGGUUGGAUUGGAAUUGGGAAAGGUUAAGGUUAAGAAGAUGAUGUUCGAAUCUCAAGGAGGGGUUUUUGGGAUCAGUGGAAUGGGCGGUGUUGGUAAAACCACUCUUGCCAAAGAACUUCAACGGGACCAUGAAGUCCAAUGUCACUUUGAGAACCGGAUUUUGUUUCUGACUGUAUCACAAUCUCCGCUUCUUGAGGAGCUGAGGGAACUUAUAUGGGGUUUCUUAUCUGGUUGUGAAGCUGGAAAUCCUGUUCCUGACUGUAAUUUUCCGUUUGAUGGCGCGCGUAAGCUCGUGAUUCUUGAUGAUGUUUGGACCACACAGGCCCUGGACCGCUUGACCUCGUUUAAGUUUCCUGGUUGCACAACUCUUGUGGUCUCACGAUCCAAACUCACUGAGCCUAAAUUCACUUAUGAUGUCGAAGUACUGAGUGAAGAUGAAGCAAUCUCUCUCUUCUGUCUCUGUGCUUUCGGUCAGAAAUCUAUCCCUCUUGGUUUCUGCAAAGAUCUGGUUAAGCAGGUUGCUAAUGAAUGUAAAGGGCUUCCUUUAGCUCUCAAAGUCACGGGUGCUUCAUUAAAUGGCAAACCUGAAAUGUACUGGAAGGGCGUAUUGCAGAGGUUAUCAAAAGGUGAACCUGCUGAUGACUCUCACGAGAGUAGAUUGCUUCGUCAAAUGGAAGCUAGUCUAGACAAUCUCGACCAGACGACCAAAGAUUGUUUCUUGGAUCUUGGCGCCUUCCCUGAAGACAGGAAGAUUCCUCUUGAUGUUCUCAUCAACAUUUGGAUUGAGUUACAUGAUAUAGAUGAAGGAAAUGCUUUUGCCAUCCUUGUUGAUUUGUCACACAAGAAUCUCCUUACUCUUGGGAAGGAUCCACGGCUUGGCUCUUUGUACGCAAGCCACUAUGAUAUAUUUGUGACACAGCAUGAUGUUCUGCGAGACCUAGCUCUUCAUUUAAGCAAUGCAGGGAAAGUAAACAGAAGAAAGCGGUUGCUGAUGCCGAAAAGAGAGUUAGAUCUUCCAGGAGAUUGGGAAAGGAACAAUGAUGAGCAUUACAUUGCCCAGAUUGUCUCUAUUCAUACUGGGGAAAUGAAUGAAAUGCAAUGGUUUGACAUGGAGUUCCCCAAGGCAGAGAUUCUAAUAUUGAACUUCUCUUCAGACAAGUAUGUUCUUCCGCCUUUUAUCAGUAAGAUGAGCCGGCUUAAGGUCCUAGUGAUUAUCAACAACGGCAUGUCUCCCGCGGUUCUCCAUGACUUUUCAAUAUUUGCUCAUUUGUCGAAACUAAGAAGUCUCUGGCUAGAGAGGGUUCACGUCCCUCAACUCUCCAACUCAACCACCCCCUUGAAAAAUCUCCACAAGAUGUCUUUGAUUCUGUGCAAGAUCAAUAAAAGUUUUGAUCAAACCGGACUUGACGUGGCAGAUAUCUUCCCAAAAUUGGGCGAUCUGACAAUAGAUCACUGUGAUGAUCUCGUGGCACUACCUUCAAGCAUUUGCGGACUGACCUCCCUUAGCUGCUUAAGCAUAACAAAUUGUCCACGCCUCGGUGAAUUGCCCAAGAACCUCAGUAAGCUACAAGCUCUCGAAAUCUUAAGGCUAUAUGCUUGCCCUGAGCUAAAGACAUUACCUGGAGAAAUAUGUGAGCUUCCUGGGCUUAAGUAUCUCGACAUCUCACAAUGUGUCAGCCUGAGUUGUCUUCCAGAGGAAAUAGGAAAGCUAAAGAAGCUUGAGAAGAUCGACAUGAGAGAAUGUUGCUUCUCGGAUAGACCGAGCUCUGCUGUUUCACUGAAGUCUCUGCGCCAUGUAAUCUGCGAUACCGACGUUGCAUUUAUGUGGGAAGAAGUUGAGAAGGCUGUUCCAGGGUUAAAGAUCGAAGCUGCUGAGAAAUGCUUCAGCCUAGACUGGCUUGACGAAUAAAGUGUAAACUCAUUGUUUAGAGUCUGGUAAGUUAAAUGGCUUGUAUAGAGAACUCUUUCUACUCUGUUUUCUAAUUUCUAAGUUCAAUAAAGGAUAACUUUUCAUAACAAA